CAGAGCGGCCAUGGGACGGCGGGCGGUAGGGUCGCCGAGGGCGAGGUAGCGGCGGGACGGCGGGGCCCGCGGGCUCGGCCGGGCAUGUAGACGCCCGCGCAGGCGCGCGGCAGCGGACGAUAUCCGUGCUUUGGUCCUUUAUAAAUUAUGGAAGUGGAACAAGAAAAGAUGAACCUGAGUAAGGAAUUGAGUCCAGACUCAGCUUCGUAUCGCUGCUCAGCAUGUCAUGGGGAUGAGACCUGGAGCUACCAUCACCCUAUCCGGGGCCGAGCCAAGUCUAGGAGCCUAUCAGCCUCACCCGCCCUGGGCAGCACCAAGGAGUUCAGGAGGACACGCUCUCUCCAUGGACCGUGCCCAGUGACCACAUUUGGACCAAAGGCCUGUGUGCUGCAGAAUCCCCAAACCAUCAUGCACAUCCAGGACCCUGCAAGCCAGCGGUUGACGUGGAACAAGUCUCCCAAGAGUGUGCUUGUCAUUAAAAAGAUCCGCGAUGCCAGCCUGUUGCAGCCCUUCAAAGAGCUCUGCAUGUACCUCAUGGAGGAGAACAACAUGAUUGUAUAUGUGGAAAAGAAAGUGCUGGAAGACCCUGCCAUAGUGAGUGAUGAAAACUUUGGACCAGUGAAGAAGAAGUUCUGCACUUUCCGUGAAGAUUAUGACGACAUUUCCAACCAAAUAGACUUCAUUAUAUGCCUGGGAGGAGAUGGCACCCUCCUUUAUGCCUCCUCGCUUUUCCAGGGCAGUGUGCCUCCAGUAAUGGCCUUCCACCUGGGCUCUCUGGGCUUCCUGACUCCAUUCAACUUUGAGAACUUCCAGACCCAAGUAAAACAGGUUAUAGAGGGGAAUGUAGCUGUUAUCUUACGGAGCCGGCUGAAGGUCAGGGUGGUGAAGGAACUCAGAGACAAGAAGACAGAUGUCCACAAUGGCCUCGGCGAGAAUGGCCUGGACACUGAGGGAGGGAAGCAGGCCAUGCAGUAUCAGGUCUUGAAUGAGGUAGUGAUUGAUAGAGGCCCCUCCUCCUACCUGUCCAACGUGGAUGUCUACCUGGAUGGACACCUCAUCACCACUGUACAGGGCGAUGGAGUGAUUGUGUCCACCCCAACGGGCAGUACAGCAUAUGCGGGCGCAGCCGGCGCCUCCAUGGUCCACCCCAACGUGCCAGCCAUCAUGGUUACACCCAUCUGCCCCCACUCGCUGUCGUUCCGGCCUAUCGUGGUCCCUGCAGGGGUCGAGCUGAAGAUUACGCUGUCUCCAGAAGCCAGGAAUACCGCAUGGGUGUCUUUUGACGGAAGGAAGAGGCAGGAAAUACGCCAUGGAGACAGCAUCAGCAUCACCACCUCCUGCUACCCGCUCCCCUCCCUCUGUGUCCAAGACCCCAAGAGAGACUGGUUCAAGAGCCUCGCCCAGUGUCUGCAUUGGAAUGUUCGAAAGAAGCAAGCUCACUUCCCAGAGGAUGAGGAUGAAGAUGAGGAUGAAGAGGACAGCUAGGCUGUUCUUCCUGGGCCUAGCCUUGAGCCCUUGGGCCUUAACCCUUCCUAGGCUGACCUGGCUGUACCACAUGGGGCUGUCCACAUUCUGCCUGCCUAGUGGGAGAGCCUGGGUCUGCCUUCUGCAGAACAGAUCAGCUUUUUA